CACUAGUUGUUCAAAUUGGAGGAUCUUUGUGCUUAAUACUAGGCCUACUAUUGAACUCGUUAGCAGUUGUGGCAAUUGUACGUACCCCUAAACUCCACACUGUAACAUACUUUUUAAUUGCGUACCUAUCAAUAGCAGAUUUAAUCCUUUGUGCAUUUGGGUUGCCAGUUAUGAUAGCCGUUGAUUCUGCGAGGGGUUGGAUAUUUGGACAGACAUUUUGUUUAAUGUUUCCAUUUAUAAACCAAAGCGUGAUUGGUAUAGAGCUAGGGGCACUAGUUGUGAUGUCAUUACACCGAUUCAUACUUAUAUGUUAUCCAAAUACAAGCCGGACAAUUUUCAAGCCAAUAGGAAUUAUUUGCAUGAUUUCAAUUUUCUUAAUUGUCGAUUUAAUCGCUAUGCUCCCACCUGUUGUAGGACUAUGGGGGAAACUAUGGUAUGAACCCAGAAAAAACUUAUGUACAUUUGUUGACAUUGGAGACGGUUACAAUAUAUUUCCAAUGGCUGUUGCCUUUGGGUUUCCAAUCACUGCUUUUGUGAUUUCAUACACAAACAUUUUCAUAAGGAUCAAACAACAACAGAAAAACAUGAACAAACACCAACAGCCAUCAACAGACUCAAAAUUGUCGCAAAAA